AAGCUAGAUAUAACUAACUGUAAAAUAAUUUCGAUAAGAAGAAAUUUAUUUUAUGUAUUUUAUUUUGUAGUGUAUGCUAGAAUUGCGAUCGCCCAUCCGUCCCAGUUAAGUCAACAACCAACUAGAAAGCAAUAAAUUGCACGACCCAAUUCCACCUGGCACAUUUCCUUUACUACCCCCGCCGAAUUCGAAACACGCGCCACAUGUCGAGGGCAUAUCCGUAACUUCAGCCCACGCGCACCUCCCUAUAAAGAAAACAGCCCCAGCUUACUCUCUGUGCUCUCAUUCACUUUCAACCAUUUUUCAAAACCCCCAAAACGCAACCGCCCCCAAAAAACCCCCCAAAUCCCCGCCGCGAUGUCGUCGCAGCAGAUCGAGUCCCACCGCGAGAACGCCGAGGUGUACACCGGCGACGCCGCGUGCAAGCAGAAGUCGAAGGAGCUGCUGGAGAAGAUCAACAUGCCCAAGGGGCUGCUGCCGCUCGACGACAUCGUGGAGGUCGGUCACAACGCGGAGACCGGCUUCGUGUGGCUGAAGCAGAAGAAGAGCAAGACGCAUUACUUCCGCGGCAUCGGACGCAGCGUCUGGUACGACACCGAGGUCACGGCGUUCGUCUCCGACCGCCGGAUGAAGCGCCUCACCGGCGUCAAGAGCAAGGAGAUCCUGAUCUGGAUAUCGAUCUGUGAUAUUUCGAUCAAGGACCCCGAAUCCGGUAAAAUUACGUUCGGCACCCCUACCGGAAUCUCCAGAUCUUUUCCGGUGUCUGCGUUCGAGGAGGAAGAGGGAGACAAGGACAAGAAAUGAUAGGUUAACAUUGUAAAGCUUGCUUUCAAUAAAUCUGGUUUCUCUGCUGUUCCACAAUUUAGGUUUUUAUUUAUUUUUAUAUAUAAAUGUCUACUGGCUGCUUGAUAUUUAAGCCAAGUUCGUAAAUCAUAUAAAUGUGUUGAAUAUAUGUGGAAUAUUUUACUAGUAAAAAUUAUUCAUGAUUCA